GCUAGUGGAGGCAGACAAUGCACUGGUCCGAGGCCUGACCAGCCCUCAGAGGGACAGGGGUCGCCUCACUGCGACAACAGCCCCUGUCUCCCUCCCUUCUUUUUCUUUUUUUGAACUGCCACAGCAUGGGCUCGGGGAGGACGCUGAAGUUCGCCCUGUGCGAGGUGCUGCAGUUUGCAGGCCUGUGCGUGCCACUCUUCAUCGUCAUGCAAAGGUUCGCCAUCAUCGUAGCAAAGGUCAAAGCGUCGGCGCAGCCCCCCGGUGACGGCAGCACGGCCUACUGGUUGAUCGUGGCUUCCUCCAUUGCCUAUGUCACUUCCACCGCCCUGCUGGUCUGGGUACCCCUGAAGUAUAUGGUCUUUGUGAAGAAGAAGUUUCUAAUUGGGAGGAAGAAGUGGAGGCCUGUGGCUCUCGUAUAUGUGAUCCUGUCCACAUUACCCUGCUUUGCCUUUCUCAUCGCCAGCUCUGAGGUUCAAAUAAAUAACAACAUGAAACAUGAUACGUUCACGGAGCUCCCUGUAUCACUAGUCCUCUUCUCUCUCAUCUGUAUUGAUGUUGUGGAAAGGAUACGUCACUGCAGACUGACCGGCCAGGGUAGUGACAUGGAGAGAGACGCUGACAUCCCCUCCGCUGUCCUCACACACGUGGAGCAGGUAACACCAGUAGCACCUGUCACACCAGCUGUGCCAGGGCCAGCUGCGCCUGGGCCAGCUGUACCCGGGCCAGCUGCACCCGGGCAGGCCCAGCCCACUCCUGUGCCACCCGGAGCAACCCAACUCAAUGACAGAAACCAAAACGGAGCUGGGGCUCGACCAGAGACCAAUGGAACAGUUCCAGGUGUACCAGGUAACACGGGGAGACCAUUUAGUAUCUCUGGAUUGAGCUCACGUUCAGCGAGCACCACAGCGUACCACCUAUCUCCAUACGCCUACGCAGGGCCACUGAGGUUCCUGUGUGCUAGUGACGCCCGUGCUGAUGUGUUUGUAGACAGCUUUAUGUUCUGGAUGGAUACAGUGGAGAUGGUGAGGGUGGCAGGACAUCCGCUGGUCUACUACUCUGGCUGGGUGUUCCCUAUCUAUAUCUUCAGCUACCUGUCUUGCCUGCGUGUGGUGGUCAUGCCCCACAGCCCCCUGCUUUCCUCACUAGGAGUGGUCCUGCAGGAUUUGCCCUUCUUCUUUGUGCGUAUUGGCCUCAUUGCCUUCUUUGGGUUUGUCACACCCCUACUCUAUCUGAUGAAGAACCUGUUGGUCUGCCUGGCCUUCAUCUAUUUCAACUUCAUGACCAAGCUGAGGGUCUUCAACACCGAGAGGAUGUUCUUUUGA